AGGCAGCAGUGAGGAAGCAGCAGAGAGGUGUCCGAUUUGGACACGUGAGACCUGCGGUCCCCGGACUUGGGGAGGUAUGAAGACACCUCACAAAAAGGCAACUGCAAGGCAGCAAACCAGGGAAAUUGUUGAUGGCCACACCUUGUCUGCAAGUAUGAGGAAGAAAAAGAUUUCUCAAAAGAAACAGAGGGGCAGACCUUCCUUCCAGCCCCGCAGGAACAUCGUGGGCUGCAGAAUUUCACAUGGAUGGAAGGAAGGCGAUGAGCCCAUCACCCAGUGGAAAGGAACCGUUCUGGAUCAGGUGCCUAUAAAUCCCUCUCUUUAUCUGGUGAAAUAUGAUGGAAUUGACUGUGUCUAUGGACUGGAACUUCACAGAGAUAAAAGGAUUUUAAAGCUUAAAAUCCUUCCUGAUAAAGUGCCAUUUUCUCCAGUCAGAGAUGUGCAUCUUGCAAAUACCAUAAUUGGUAAAGCUGUGGAACAUAUGUUUGAGGGUGACCAUGGUUCUAAGGAUGGAUGGAGGGGGAUGGUCUUAGCCCAAGCACCCAUCAUGAAAGCCUGGUUUUAUAUUACCUAUGAGAAAGAUCCUGUUUUGUACAUGUACCAGCUUUUAGAUGAUUAUAAAGAAGGUGACCUCCAUAUCAUGCCAGAGUCGAGUAAGUCUUCUCCAAAAGAAAGAGAGCCAGAAGGAGUUAUAGAUGGCCUCAUAGGUAAACAUGUAGAAUAUACCAAAGAAGAUGGCUCCAAAAGGACAGGCAAAGUCAUUCACCAAGUUAAAGCCAAACCUUCUGUGUACUUCAUCAAGUUUGAUGAUGAUUUCCAUAUCUAUGUCUAUGAUUUGGUGAAAAAGUCGUAA